CAGUCAGACAGCACUCACCACCACACUGACAGAGAUAAAAACUCGUUACAGCCCGGCCAGGCCUCUGCAGCUCGCUCCCUUUCUCUCCUAUUUUCAUCUUUUCGUGGCACAGUCACUCCUGCACUUGCUUCAUCUUCAUCAAUUCAUCCCCCUCCACCACUGCAGCUUGUACAUCGAGCUGUCGAGGCGGGUCUGUUCGCCUGCGUCUCCGCUCCGCCGUCAGAUCCCGCCGGGGGCCAGAAGGAUUCCUGUGAUAGCAUCCUCAAAGUUGAGAUGUGCUUGCACGCUGACACAAAGAGAGAGAAGGGGGGGUUGAGAGAGGG